AUGAACUUUCGGCGAAAUUCCGCCCCCAAUCCCUACCAUAAGCCCGAAUCCGAUCGCUUGGAAUGUGUGAAUCAUAGAUACCGCGACGGUCGCGGUAGGAUUGGUUCCCAUGUUAGGAAGGCAGGCUACAACAACGUUAUGGCCGCAAAUCGAGCCAAGGCAUGGCUCUGGCUACGGUCUGUUCCUUGGAAGGGCGCACACCCACCCGAUCGUAUAGGCAUCGUGAUGGAGUCGCUUUCGACAUGGGGUGGUUCCAAGACUAGUGUUAUUCUGUGCUGA